AUGAAGUUUGUAUCGACCGUGCUGCCGUUAGCAGCAGCUGCGUCCCUUGGUAGCGCGCUUGUCGUGCCCGAGGUGGCAGACGGCGAGACCUGGGAGCAGGUUCGCGACGUGGCAGAAGAUGUGGUUCAGGAAGUGUCUGAAGACGCAUCUGCAGCUGCGACCGCGGCCAUCGCCGCCGCCAAGCAGGCGUUCGACAAGCUUGUGGACGGAGUGGGCCGCGAAGUGACUCGUGAGGCCGCCAACCGCGGCGAAGCCGUGCGGUUUGCUCCCCUGGAGACCACGAACCGUGAGGAAUUCGUGAUCCCACAUCGCUACAUGGUAGUGUUCAAACAGGGCGCGUCCGCAGACCAGAUCGGGUUCCACAAGGAGCUGGUGUCUCAGGCGCAGCUACAAAACGUUGCGACGCUGCGCGCCGAUGACCCGUUUUUCGUGGCCACCUCGGGCGACGAUUUCGAUGCUGAGAUUACCGCCAAGGCCACCGAAGGUGGUAUCCUGGACUCGUUCGACGUGGGCGGUGCUCUCAGAGGUUACAUUGGCUAUUUCACAGACGCGGUGGUUGAUCUCAUCCGCAUGAACCCGCUCGUGGAAUUUGUUGAAAGAGACUCGCUUGUGUUCAGCGACGAGUUCGACACCCAGAACGGCGCCCCUUGGGGGCUGUCGCGUAUCUCGCACCGCGAAAAACUCACCCUUGGCAGCUUCAACAAGUACCUGUACGACGACGAUGCCGGUAAGGGGGUCACCGCCUACGUGAUUGACACCGGUGUUAACGUGGAACACAAGGAUUUUGACGGUCGCGCAACUUGGGGCAAGACCAUUCCUGACAACGACCUUGACAGCGAUGGCAACGGCCACGGUACUCACUGCGCCGGUACCAUCGGAUCCAAGCACUAUGGCGUUGCCAAGAAUGCCGAUAUUGUUGCGGUCAAAGUGUUGCGUUCCAACGGGUCCGGAACCAUGUCCGACGUGGUGAAGGGUGUCGAAUACGCGGCACAAUCGCACCAGAAGGCCGUUAAAGAGAAUAAAAAGGGCUUCAAGGGUUCAACUGCCAAUAUGUCCCUCGGUGGCGGGAAAUCACCUGCUUUGGACCUGGCUGUCAACGCCGCCGUUAAAGCCGGACUACAUUUUGCAGUGGCUGCUGGUAACGAGAACCAGGACGCUUGCAACACGUCUCCGGCUGCUGCCGAAAACGCCAUCACGGUAGGUGCCUCGACGCUGGCCGACGACAGAGCUUAUUUCUCAAACUGGGGUAAAUGUGUUGACAUUUUUGCCCCCGGUUUGAACGUGCUUUCGACCUACAUUGGCUCGGACACUGCCACUGCUACCCUUUCGGGUACUUCGAUGGCUUCGCCUCACGUGGCUGGUUUGCUGACCUAUUUCUUGUCGCUACAACCAGAUUCUGACAGUGAAUUUUUCCAAGCCUCCUCGGGUGUCACUCCUGCGCAGCUCAAGAAGAAACUCAUUGCCUUUAGCACCAAGAACGCGCUCGGCGAUCUACCUGACGACACCGCCAACUACUUGAUAUACAACGGAGGUGGGCAAGACCUGGGUAAAUUCUGGGGCAAAGAUGAGGCUUCGACCGCAGCGGAGCCCGAGUCGGGUUCCGAUCAUGCGACCCAAUCCUCAUUUGCAGACCAGCUUGAAUCCCUCAUUGACUCUUUAGAUGCCAAGACGGAUGUUUUGUACGACGAGGUAAGAGGCCUGUUUGACAACUUGAACAUCAUCUAA